AAAAAAGAAGGGUCCUUCCGCAGAAUAAGAACCCAAUUAGGGUUUACCGUAGUCAGCCAACGGAGUCACCACAGCAGCAGAGUCACCCAAUGGCCGAGGAUUCUGUGCCGCCGGUUGACCAAAUGGCGUUGGCAACCCUAAACGACGACGUUUCCACUCCCUUCGUCAAGGCCCAGUUCUCCGACCGUGUCCUGAUCCGCACCAUUCUCUCCCGACCCGACGGCGGCGCUAGCCUCGCCGGUCAGACCGUAAAGGUCGGGGGUUGGGUCAAGACCGGUCGGGAGCAAGGCAAGGGUUCGUUUGCUUUCCUUGAACUCAAUGACGGGUCCUGUCCGGCGAACCUUCAGGUCAUCGUCGACGCCGCCGUGGCGCCUCUGGGCCAGCUCGUGCAGACCGGCACGUGCGUGCACGUAGAGGGCUUGCUCAAGGUUCCUCCUGAGGGGACGAAGCAGAGGGUGGAACUCAGGGUUGAGAAGGUCCAUCACGUUGGUCCUGUGGAUCCAGCCAAGUAUCCGUUGCCUAAGACCAGGCUUACCCUCGAGUUUCUAAGAGAUUUUGUUCACUUUCGACCAAGAACCAACACGAUUUCUGCAGUUGCUAGAAUCCGUAAUGCAUUGGCUUAUGCUACCCACACAUUCUUCCAAAAUCAUGGAUUUCUCUAUAUACACACUCCAAUUAUCACCACCAGUGAUUGUGAGGGUGCUGGUGAAAUGUUUCAAGUUACAACCUUGAUUAGUGAUGCGGAAAAGGUGGAAAAGGAACUUAUUAAGAAUCCUCCUCCAUCAGAAGCUGACAUCGAAGCUGCCAAGGCACUUGUUAAGGAGAAAGGAGGGGCUGUUGCCCAACUCAAAUCUGCUAAAGCAAGUAAGGGGGAAAUCACCGCAUCUGUGGCUGAACUUAACAAGGCUAAGGAGAAUCUCUCAAGGCUGGAAGAGCGAUCUAAGCUUAAGCCUGGUAUCCCUCAAAAAGAUGGGAAGAUUGAUUAUUCCCAGGAUUUCUUUGCCCGUCAAGCAUUUUUGACCGUUUCUGGCCAACUGCAAGUUGAGACUUAUGCAUGUGCCGUUAGCAGUGUCUAUACAUUUGGGCCAACUUUUCGAGCUGAACACUCUCACACCUCAAGGCAUUUGGCAGAAUUCUGGAUGGUGGAGCCUGAAAUAGCAUUUGCAGAUCUUAAGGAUGAUAUGAAUUGUGCGGAGGCCUAUGUGAAAUUUCUUUGCCAGUGGUUACUUGACAAUUGCAUUGAUGAUAUGGAAUUCAUGGCUAAAAAUUUUGAUAAAGGCUGCAUUGAUCGUCUAAGAAUGGUUGCGUCAACGCCCUUUGAGCGAAUUUCAUACACAGAGGCAAUCAAACUUCUGGAGGAAGCUGUCAAGAAAGAUAAGAAAUUUGAGAAUAAAGUGGAAUGGGGGAUUGAUUUAGCAUCUGAGCAUGAAAGAUUCUUGACAGAGGUAUUAUUUAAGAAGCCUGUUAUUGUUCAUGAUUACCCAAAAGGAAUUAAAGCAUUCUACAUGAGGCUUAACGAUGACAUGAAGACUGUAGCUGCUAUGGAUGUUCUUGUACCAAAGGUGGGAGAAUUAAUUGGGGGGAGCCAAAGGGAAGAGAGAUACGAGGUUAUUGAGAAAAGGAUUUUGGAUAUGGGACUUCCCCUUGAGCCAUAUGAGUGGUACCUUGACUUGAGGCGCUAUGGAACUGUAAAACAUUGUGGGUUUGGUUUAGGCUUCGAAAGAAUGAUCCUUUUUGCCACUGGCAUCGACAACAUACGAGACGUUAUUCCCUUCCCCAGAUACCCAGGAAGAGCAGAUCUUUAAGAUAUUGUUUAAUGAAUAUCAUACCGGUGAUUUGCUUUUGUUUCACGAUAAAGCCGAUACCCUCAUUGCUAAGUUAUUAUUAUGGUGAAAUUUUUUAUUACAAACAAAUUGGAACAUGCAAAAUUAUAAUAUUGGAAGGUUUGAGUAUUUGUUUGGCUGCACCAUCUGCAGUUUGUCUUGAA